AUGAAUCCCGAUGAAGAAGAAAAACCAACAAAUCGUAAAAGAAUUUUUAGUCAAUAUAAAAGUUAUGAUGAAUUUGACAUAGAUGAAGUAUCCGGAAUAUUAUUGAACCAGUAUAAAAUAAUUGGUGGAAGGAAAUUUUUAAAUAAUAAUGAAGCAAAUUACCUCCUGCCAUCAGAUGAAAUAGAACUUCGGCGAAUGGAAAUUGCUCAUGUGCUAACCCGAUAUUCAUGGAAGGGCAAUUAUAGUGCACCAGUUGAAGAAAUAUUGAAAAAUGGUAAAGCUAACGUUCUCGAUGCUGGGUGUGGAGCAGGUUGUUGGGUCCUUGAUUUAGGGCACGAUUUUCCAAAUUCAACAUUUGUCGGUAUAGACAUUCAAUCAAGUGGAUUUCCGUCAGCAAACGAACGUCCUCAAAAUACUGGAUUUCUGGAGCAUAACUUACUAAGAGGAAUUCCAUUUCCUGAUGAAACGUUUGAUUACGUUCAUAUGUCAUCGAUGUGGAUGGCGCUUACUAAACAACAAUACAUAAAUGCAAUCCAUGAAUUAGUACGUGUAACGAAAUAUAAUGGGUGGAUUGAAAUUUACGAACCGAAUCUUGAUCUUAAAAAUUUAGGAAAUUCUAUGAAAGCCGUUCAGGAUUCUUUUCAUGCAAAGGUAAAGGAAAAUGGAUUUGAUCCCAUGAUAUUUUUAGAGAUAUCUAAAUGCCUUAAAUCAAUCAGUGAAUUAACUAAUAUCGAACAAAAAAAAUUAUGUAUAUCGAUGGGCGGAUGGGCAGGAAGAUAUAAUGAAUAUGCAUUAGAAGCUGUUAAGCAACUUUUUGAAUCUGCUACUUAUAUGCCAAACUAUAUGGAAAUAACUCAAAGUGCUUAUCAUGAAUUAAUCGAUGAAUUCGAUAAGCAAUGUAAUGAAAAUCAAUCCUUUAUGGAGAUAUAUAGGUUUGUUGCUAAAAAAGUAAAAAUUCAGUAA